AUGUCCUUGAAAGAGAGCAUCGACAAGGCCACGUCGGCCGAGCUGACCGAGGACGAUUUCGCGCUGCUGCUGGACGUCGUCGACAUCGUCAAGAGCGACGCCGACACCAACAUCGAGGAGGCGGUCAACAUCAUCAGGACCAAGCUGGAGUCCAACAACGCCAACGUCAUUCUGCGCAGUGUGUCGCUGUUGGACUUUUUGGCCGAGAAUUGCGGCGCCAUGAUGCGCGGCCAGAUCGCCAAGCGGUCGUUUGUCAACAAUUACCUUGUCAAGCUGGUGAACGACCCGAAAAUGCACAAUUCUAUCAAAUACGCUGUCAUCAAGGAGAUCUACAAGCUGAGCAAGAGUUUCAAGGGCGACGAGUCGCUGCGUGCGAUGGAGGACAGUUUCAAGGAGCUGCAGAAGAAGUAUUUGUACUUGUGCCAGCAGGCUGUCUCUGAGGUCGACGGCACUCCGAAACCUGCUGGUGGCGAUGAGGACGAGGAGCUCAGAAAGGCGAUCGAGAUGUCGCUGCGAGAGACGGGCCCGCCGUUCGGCGAGCGCCCAGGCACGUCUGUGGCUGAGCAGCCGCUGAACGUGCCUGCUGCUGCGCCAGAGUACGCCCAAACUCCGGCCCCAGCCCCAGCCCCGGCCGCUGUUCCUGCCCCAGAAAAAGUGCGUGCUCUGUAUGAUCUGCAAUCGAACGACGACGACACGCUGUCGUUCAAGAAAGACGACAUCAUCGUGGUUGUCGAGAAGGUGAACGACGACUGGAUCCGAGGCUCGCGAGCUGGCCGAGCUGAUCACGCUGCUGGACAACUCUUUCAACGUGGAGGUGCUGCUGUCGAAACUGAUCGAUCUCAAAACCCGGGUGGCUUCGCAGCCGAUCUCCAGCCAGGAGUUCGAGAGCAUACUGAUCAGAGACCAGAUCCCGGGCAAGCUCGACCAGCUCACCCAGACAAGGGAAACGCUGCGCCAGAUAUUGGAUCUGUACAAGCUGAAGGUGCUGGAGCUGCAAAGUAUGCAGAAAAACGUGGACACGAGCGUCGAGCUGUACCACCAGCUGCUGAGAGAGGCGAAAAAUAG